AUGUUUGCUCUAUAUCUAGACAUUCAGAAACAAAUUGAUAUUGACGAACUAGAAGACGACGAAGUGAAAGGACGCUGGAAAAGCUUUGUUCACAAGUGGAAUCGUGGAGACCUAGCUGAGGGUUGGUAUGAUCCCAGCACACUUCAGAAGGCACUCCAAGCAGCAGACUUACAGAACUUGAACAGAAGCACGAGCGAUGCAGCAGGAAAAGAUGGCCCCGGUCCCUUGUCAGACGAGGUACAGGACGAUAGCCCGGAGGACGAUGACUUCGGACCCGCUCUUCCGCAGGAACUUCAAGCCGUUGUGAGCAGCGAAACAAGCCUGAACAGAUCAGGUCCCACAAUCCCCUCCAUGGAUGAUAUCAGGUCACGUAACGAGGACGCACGUCUUACAGCUGCAGAGGCUAAGGAGCAGAGAUUGGAAGACAUGAGGCAGAGCCGGAAGCUGGAUCGGAAACAGCAGAAAGAAAGACUGGACGAGAUCGCACCUCGUGCAGAAGCAGGUACAAGGGAAAGACAACUAGAAAAGAAACGCGAUAUUGCUGCAUCUAACCGUGCUUUUGCGACGUCGAAGGAUACAGGGGGCGAUGUUGAGGUCCCAGAAAGUGACGUGAUGGGUGGCGACGAUCUGGGUGAACUGAAAAGGAUCAAAAAGGAAGAGCAGAGGAAGAAGACUGAGAGGGAGCUCAAGCGCGAAGAGAUUGAACGAGCCAGAAGGGCAGAGCGGGAGGAGCGCAUUAAAAGGAUGAAAGAAAAGGAAGACAAAACGAUGAGUAUGCUCAGAGAAUUGGCACAGGCUAGAUUCGGUGAUGGCAACGUCCAGUCUGCGACACUCACAGGUGAUUAG